AUGACCAGGGUUAGCUACACAAUGGGAAAGAUCAUCUUUUACGAAGACAGAAACUUCCAGGGUCGCUCCUACGAGUGCAGCGGCGAAUGUCCUGAUCUGCAUUCGCACUUCAGUCGCUGCAACUCUAUCAGGGUGGACAGUGGGGAAUGGAUGGUCUACGAGAAACCUGACUUUUCAGGUUAUCAGUACUUCCUGAGGAAGGGCGAAUAUCCAGACUACCAACGCUGGAUGGGAUUUAAUGACUGCGUGCGAUCCUGCCGCAUGAUCCCGAAGCUUCAAGGUUCUCACAGGCUUGUUGUCUACGAACGCCCUGAGUUCAGGGGUCAGACAAUGGAUCUCAGUGAUGACUGCCCUUCUCUGUAUGAACGCUUCCAUUUCAAUGACAUCCACUCCUGCAACGUGAUUGACGGUCACUGGAUCUUCUUUGAGCAUCCCCACUAUAGGGGUCGCCAGUAUCUGGUGCGUCCUGGAAAAUACAGGCUUUUUAACGAGUGGGGGAGCUUGAGUCCAAGGGUGGGUUCCAUCAAACGGAUCACUUUGUAAGAAAAAUGUCACAUUGUCUACAUCGAUGACUGUUAAUAAAUGCCCUCAAACAAC